CGCGCCGAAAACCCUUCAAACAUUCAAGGCGAGAGGAAGCUCAUCCAUCACGGAGCAGCCUUUUGAGUCACUCGAUCCUAUAUCGUUCAUCUGUCAUUCCAGGGGCUGCAUUCUCCCAGCUCUCCCUCAUCUGACCGCCUCCCACUGCGCGGCUAGCACAGUGCUCAGUCGUGCACGGCUGCUCCUGCUCCAUCACAGCAAGCAACCAUGAAUAGCAUGCAACAAUGGGUGAUGCAAAAGUCACCCGUCAAUAGCCCGCCAGAGGGAUCCCAGCCGGGGGCAGCCACAUUCGAAGAGGACAAGACGGUGACCCAGGGGCAGUUUACCAAGCAGUUUCAAGCUCAACAUACAGCGCCGCCAGCCACAGAGAAAGCACCACUGUCACCACUGCCACUGGGCAUAAACACUACUCGCUCGGCAUCCGCCGCCGCAGCGCGAAUACCACUGUCUGGCGAUGGCUACAUCAUUCCGAAUCCCGGCAGGCCGGCAUCAGCCAAUCCUAUACAGCAGCUGAGAGGGCGUGAUACGGGUCCAUUCUGGGACGGCUCGACUAUCGACGGCGAGGCCUUCAGCGACUCGGCUAGCAACUUCGAGUUCAGUGACCGUCCCUCGCAACGAGUGUCUCGCCCGUCAACACAGCAAACACAGGUGCCGCGGACACACAAGCAACGCGACUCCUACACUUCGCAAGGCAUCCGCUUCAAGCGGGAGAACACGACCGAUGACAAGGAUCUCAUGAUUGGCGACGACAACACCAUCGGCGGAGCUGGCAGCGCCACGUUCCGCCCAACGUCGACGCCAGGCCCGCGAGACCGCCGGAGCCACUUCAGUAGAGUCGCGGCGGACUUUGAGCGAUUCUCCGAGGACAGCCAGAGUCUGCCGUCGUCACCAGAACCACAGAGCCCUUCCAGCAGAAGAUCGCACCGUCCCAGGCAGGUGACUGUCCAUGCGAGCCCUCGGCAGGACGUCAAGAGCAACCGGCCCAUAGCAGCAGGGGGCUCACACAGGACCCAAGCUCCAAAGACUGGGCGUGACAAGCAGCCAGCCAGCCGCAGUCUUCCUCCGUUGGCUGUUGCGCAACCACAAAACGACUUGGGGUCGGCAGCCGAGAACGGCUCUGAAGAUGCAGAUUCAUACCUGCCAGAUUCGGCAGAAACAGAGUCAGAUCAUGUCGAGCAAGAAACUACGCCAAAGGCAGCCAGAGUAUCCACCAAGGCAGCUGUGUCAAAGCCACAGGUCAACAGGCAACUCUUCAGCGCUGGCUCCUCGGCAGGGAAAGACAUGCAGGGCCCCCAGAUCAACGUGGGCCAUACAUCGAUAGGGCUUGCGCCAUUCAUGGCGGCGGCGAGGAAGCGGCCUCUUGGGCCCGACUAUGACGAUCAAGCAUUGGCAUCGAUGGCAUUUGACAAGUUGCAAAAUCAGGAUUUUGAUUUCGAUCCUGCCAAGGCCGAAGCAUUGUCGGCUGAGAUUCCGCAGGGCACGCUGGAGGAGAAACUGAGCCAUUUCGCCAACAGGGACAAGGAGGCCCAGAGCGAGUUGUUCCAAAAGAUGCCAGUGAGCGAGUGGGAAGAGUCCGGGGAUUGGUUCCUCGAGCGCUUCAGUGACAUUGUCAAGAACUUCAAGCAGGCUAGAAAGGAAAGGCGAGCGCUUGCCGACAAGUUCGAGGCCGAGGUUGCGGAUAGGGCAGAUUUGGUGCGAGGCAGGAUUGAACGCAUUGACAAUACUCUGGAAGGUAUGAAGGAGGAGGGCAAAGGCCUCAUGAAGCACGACUUCGACUGAGUCAAAGUCUGGGAGUGAAGUCAGGUGUAAUAUCACAGUAACUUUGCCGGAGCCGUCAAGAUGGGGCUCGUCACGACAAAGUGCGCAUCUCGUCUUUGUUGAAAACCCAUUUGGUGCAUCCGCAGUGGUCGAAAUGAUAGGCUUCAUCCGAUUCUACAACACAAGCACCUCCUUGACCUUCCUAUCUUUCCCCACGAUCA